CCGCCUCCAGAGCCUAGGGUUAGGUUGCGCGAGGGCUCUCGGGUUAGUUCCUGUUAGGCCCCGGCCGGGGGAGUCGGCUCAAGUCUCCUGAGAUGCCCGGUGGGCCCGGGCGCCGGCAGCCGUGAGGGGAGCGCGAGGCGGCGGCGAGCGGAGCCCCACGGAGGCCUGAGCAGGCCCGGCGGCCGAGCCCGCCUUCCCCGCACCAUGCUCAUAGAGGAUGUGGAUGCCCUCAAGUCCUGGCUGGCCAAGUUGCUGGAGCCGAUAUGUGAUGCUGACCCGUCAGCCUUAGCCAACUAUGUUGUAGCACUGGUCAAGAAGGACAAACCUGAGAAAGAAUUGAAAGCCUUUUGUGCUGAUCAACUUGAUGUCUUUUUACAAAAAGAAACUUCAGGUUUUGUGGACAAACUAUUUGAAAGUCUCUAUACUAAGAACUACCUUCCUCCUUUGGAACCUGUUAAACCCGAGCCAAAACCACUAGUCCAAGAAAAAGAAGAAAUUAAAGAAGAGAUAUUUCAGGAGCCAGCAGAGGAAGAACGAGAUGGCAAAAAAAAGAAAUAUCCUAGUCCCCAGAAGACUCGUUCAGAAUCUAGUGAACGAAGGACACGUGAGAAAAAAAGAGAAGAUGGCAAAUGGAGAGACUAUGACCGGUACUAUGAGAGGAAUGAAUUGUACCGUGAGAAGUAUGACUGGAGAAGAGGCAGGAGUAAGAGUCGGAGCAAGAGUCGAGGGCUGAGUCGUAGCAGGAGCCGAAGUAGGGGGCGCAGCAAAGACCGGGAUCCAAACAGGAAUGUUGAGCACAGGGAAAGAUCAAAGUUUAAGAGUGAAAGGAAUGACUUGGAGAGUUCCUAUGUGCCUGCAUCUGCACCACCUCCAAACUCUUCUGAGCAGUAUUCCUCUGGGGCACAGUCUAUUCCCAGCACUGUUACUGUGAUUGCACCUGCUCACCACUCUGAAAACACAACUGAGAGUUGGUCUAAUUACUAUAACAAUCAUAGCUCUUCCAAUUCUUUUGGUCGAAACCCACCACCAAAGAGACGAUGCAGAGAUUAUGAUGAAAGAGGAUUUUGUGUACUUGGUGACCUUUGUCAGUUUGAUCAUGGAAAUGAUCCCCUAGUUGUUGAUGAAGUUGCUCUGCCAAGUAUGAUUCCUUUCCCACCCCCUCCUCCCGGGCUUCCUCCUCCACCACCUCCUGGAAUGUUAAUGCCUCCAAUGCCAGGCCCGGGUCCAGGCCCAGGCCCAGGCCCAGGCCCAGGCCCAGGCCCAGGCCCAGGCCCAGGCCCAGGUCCAGGUCCUGGCCAUAGUAUGAGACUUCCUGUUCCCCAAGGACAUGGUCAACCUCCGCCUUCUGUUGUGCUUCCCAUACCACGCCCACCCAUUACACAGUCAAGCUUGAUCAACAGCCGUGACCAGCCUGGGACAAGUGCAGUGCCCAAUCUUGCACCAGUGGGGGCAAGACUACCUCCUCCUUUACCCCAGAACCUCCUUUACACAGUGUCAGAACGACAGCCCAUGUACUCUCGAGAACAUGGUGCUGCUGCAUCUGAGCGACUUCAAUUGGGGACACCGCCUCCUCUGUUGGCAGCUCGUUUGGUGCCACCUCGCAACCUCAUGGGAUCCUCCAUUGGGUACCAUACCUCAGUGUCCAGUCCCACCCCUCUGGUCCCAGAUACAUAUGAACCAGAUGGUUAUAAUCCAGAAGCUCCUAGUAUUACCAGUUCUGGUAGAUCUCAGUACAGACAGUUCUUUUCAAGAACCCAGACACAGCGCCCUAACCUGAUUGGCCUAACAUCUGGAGAUAUGGAUGCAAAUCCAAGAGCUGCUAACAUUGUCAUCCAGACUGAACCACCAGUUCCUGUUUCAAUUAAUAGCAACAUAACCAGAGUAGUUCUCGAACCGGAUAGCCGAAAAAGAGUUAUAAGUGGUUUGGAAGGACCACUCACAAAGAAACCUUGGCUGGGAAAGCAAGGGAAUAACAAUCAAAAUAAACCAGGGUUCUUGCGAAAGAAUCAGUAUACAAACACCAAAUUAGAAGUCAAGAAAAUCCCUCAGGAAUUGAACAACAUUACAAAGCUCAAUGAACACUUCAGCAAAUUUGGAACUAUUGUUAAUAUUCAGGUUGCUUUUAAGGGUGAUCCAGAAGCUGCCCUCAUUCAGUAUUUUACCAAUGAGGAAGCCAGGAAAGCCAUUUCUAGCACAGAAGCAGUUCUGAACAACCGAUUCAUUCGAGUCCUGUGGCAUAGGGAAAAUAAUGAGCAACCAGCACUACAGUCCUCAGCACAGUUGCUACUGCAGCAACAGCAAACUCUUAGUCACCUCUCACAACAGCACCAUCACUUGCCACAGCAUCUUCAUCAGCAGCAGGUGCUGGUUGCCCAGUCUCCUCCUUCUACAGUGCAUGGAGGUAUCCAGAAGAUGAUAAGCAAACCACAGACACCAGGUGCAUAUGUUCUUAACAAAGUUCCUGUUAAACACCGUCUUGGACAUGCAAGUGGUAACCAGAGUGAUACAUCACACUUACUGAAUCAGUCUGGUGGUGCUGGAGAGGAUUGCCAGGUAUUUUCAACUCCGGGCCAUCCAAAAAUGAUUUACAGCUCCUCAAACUUAAAGACACCCUCAAAACUUUGUUCAGGGUCUAAAUCUCAUGAUGUCCAAGAAGUUCUUAAAAAAAAACAGGAGGCAUUGAAACUACAGCAAGAUAUGAGAAAAAAGAGGCAAGAAAUGUUAGAAAAACAAAUAGAAUGCCAAAAGAUGCUGAUAUCCAAGUUAGAAAAAAACAAAAACAUGAAACCAGAGGAAAGAGCAAAUAUAAUGAAGACUUUGAAAGAGCUUGGAGAAAAGAUCUCUCAGUUAAAAGAUGAAUUAAAAACUUCUUCUGCAGUCUCCACACCAUCUAAAGUGAAGACAAAAACAGAGGCCCAGAAAGAGUUAUUAGAUACUGAACUGGACCUCCACAAGAGGCUAUCCUCAGGAGAAGAUACAACAGAAUUACGGAAGAAACUCAGUCAGUUGCAGGUUGAGGCUGCACGAUUAGGUAUUUUACCUGUGGGUCGAGGAAAGACCAUGUCCUCUCAGGGUCGAGGAAGAGGCCGAGGACGUGGAGGAAGAGGAAGGGGUGCACUAAAUCACAUGGUGGUGGACCACCGUCCCAAAGCGCUCACAGUUGGGGGAUUCACAGAGGAAGAAAAGGAAGACUUACUUCAACAUUUCUCAGCUGCAAACCAAGGGUCAAAAUUCAAAGACCGUCGGCUACAAAUAUCAUGGCACAAGCCCAAGGUACCAUCUAUAUCCACUGAAACUGAGGAAGAAGAAGUUAAGGAGGAGGAAACGGAAACACCAGAUUUGUUUUUGCAUGAUGAUGAUGACGAAGAUGAAGAUGAAUAUGAGUCUCGUUCAUGGAGAAGAUGAAAUCUGAUGCGAGCUGUGUAAUUUCUAGAAAUAUUGCUUAGAGGAACAACUUUUAAAAAUUAUUUAAAGAAGUCAAUGAGCCAAAAAUUUUUUUUAAAUUUUUCUUUUCAACACAGUAGGCUUAAGGACAGCAAGUUUGCUAUUUAAACACAUCUCAUAACUGUACGUGAUAUUAAAGCACCAAAGGCCUAGUGACUUUUAUGCAGUUGUGAAGAUCCACAGGAAUGACAUGGAUAAUCUCUAGAGCCUUAUUUGCCACACCACAUGUUUUGGUUGCUAUUGGUGUUGGAUUAUGAUGUAAAUGACAGGGUGUUCAGAAAUUUUAUUUUGGAUUAUAAUCUACUGAUAAAAUUUAAUUAAAUGUCAAAAUCGCCUGGAAUCUCUUAACUCUCAGCUAUUAUGGAUGGGUUGUCAGACAGUAGGAGAUAUUUGUAGUUAAAAUACCCUUUUGCUUUCAAGAAUGGUCUUGGAAGAAAAGUACAUUUAUUUUAAAUUUUUCCUAUGGAGGAGCCCAAUUUGUAUGCCGUCUAAUUUUUUUUUAAUGGUUUUUAUUUGCAGUAGUACUAUUUCAGUGAAACUCGCAACCAACUCUCCAUUCUUAAGUGUUAUAAGGCAAUGGUAGCUAGCGCUGAGGUAUUUUCCUUCUUUCAUCAUUGAGCCCUGGACUUCCUCUGCUGCCGAUUCUUAGUUUGCUUUGAUACCUAGCAGUGGUUCUCCUGGGCCUCUUUUUAAAAAUUUUAAUACCAUUUUCAGAAUGUAAAAGGCUUUCUUUCACCUACUGCCCCUUUCUUAUUCCCCUUUUCUUCCUCUUGCCUUUUUUUUUAAUAGGCCUGACUUAGCUAUUAUUGAAGUAAGUGGUUCAUUUGGACCACCAAAAGUUAGUCUCCAGUGGAAGGUCUAAACCAGCACCUUGAUAAUAAGUGAUGUUUUCAUGAAAAUAAUGGAAGGAUUUUGGGGAGGAGAGAGCCACCAGCUUUUUUUUCUCUCUCUCUUUUGAAGCUUCAGUUUAGUUAUAGUUACACAAAAGGGUUAAAAAGUGUCUGGAAUUUGUUUCUUAAAUUGAAACCAUGAUGAUGAGGUGGGUGGGGUGGGGUGGGGAUGGGGGUGGGUCCUGGGUAUGCUAGUAAUAAAUGGAAAUCACAGCUAGACUUUGAUCAGAGGAACUUAUUUUUUCAUAAUUUUGUAGCUUGUUGCUAUCCACGAACAUGUGCAUCCUUCAGUAGACAGUUUUCUUUACUGUGUGCAUUCUUACUGUACACUGUAUAGAGCAGAGUAUCUGUUAAGUAAAAUGUAUAUGUAAAUUUAUGUCCUUGUGUUCUGAAUGUCAGAUGGAAAAGCAGAGGAGCAACACUACACUGUACUGACCCCUGGGGAAAUAAAAUGAUUAAUGUACAUAGGAUGUCACUUUUUCAAGGUUAUAUACAUCUGUGUUUUUAUAUAUGUGUGGUGUGAAAAUUGAAAACUUCCUGGUGGCUUCAGAAGGUUCUUGGUGAACACUAUAUCAAGGAUUUUGUUUGCUGAGGAAGAAACUUUCUCAAAAUGGAAACUAUUCACUAAGAACUUAAAACCAUCAGGACUCUAGAUUUACUUAGCUAUAAGAAGUUAAAUCUCACAUUUGGAUUAUCUUUUCUACAUUCCUGGAAUGAUGUGUCAAACCAGGAUCAUUUUUAAGUUCAUAUAACUUUCCCUUCGGAAUAAUAAGGACUUCCCCUUUUCUGACUCUUGUUAUAUUUCUGGUAACACUGAAGGUAAAAUAAGCUUAUACAGAAAUAAAACAUUAGAAUGGGGUAUCUGGUAUAAACAAUCUUGCUCCUUACUCCUCCAUCAUCCCUGAUGAAAUUUUCUUGAUGUCUGUGGCUCAGUCAGUAUAUAUUUUGAAAGAUUCAUUGUGGUGAAUAUUUUGAGUCCUGACAGUUUAAACGUGAUAGAGGGAACAAAGGAUUUAUAUAUUUUUUGUACAAAGUUUUUUCUUAAACUGUAUAAUUUUGUAAAUAAUUUGUUUGGUUUUUUUUUUGUGUACUAAAACUACCAGCGUAUAGAUUUCAAUAAGAAUUGUUGUAUUUUUGUAUCUGGAAACUGAAAAUUACAGUAAAUUAAUGGAACUGUAAGAAAUUUUCAGUAGACUGACAGUUCAACAGAAUGAGAUUCCUUUUCAUAUGAUUUUUUUAACCUCAAAAUGGACAUCUUACUGCACUCUCAAUAGAGAGAGAGUUGAGGAUGUGACUUUUUAGUUAUUAGGGGGAGGGAGUGAAAGAGAAGGACUUGAAAGUGAAGAACACAUCGUUUUUCAGUAAAGUGUGAAGCCCUUCUAUAAAACUUGGUUUUCAGUUCACCAUAAAUAGGACUAAAAACACUUUUAAAAUUGUCCUUUCUAAGAAUUCUAAAAUGUAUUUGAUUCUGAAAAAUGGAUUGGAAAUAUGAGUCGAUUAUAAUAUUAGAAAACUUGAAGUUAGUAUAAAAUGACAUUUCCUUUGGGAUAUUUUACCUUGCCUUCAAAUCCCCAACUUAGAAUUUCUCUUUAAAGUGAUUAACUACCAUGAUCUAUUUUCUUGGCAUCUUCAUUUACAGAAAUGACAUAAUAGCAUCUGAGGCAAAUUCUGCUGUUCUUCUUAGUGUGUAUGACAUCUUUAUAGAUAGCUGAUCAGCAAUAAUAGCUACCAGUCAACUAGGUCAGCCUAACUUACUAGUGGGUUAGUGCCCAAGCUUCAAAAGGGAACCCCAAAAUUUUCCUCAUUUUCUUCAUGUUAACAUUGGGAAAAUAUUGUUACCAGCUAACAUGACAAAUUGGAAAACAGUCUUGUUAAGGUGAAAAAGGGUCCAUGAUGAUAGAUGAUUAUUAAAAAAAAAAAAGAUAAAAUCAUGUGAAAAGGAAUAGUGGUUCCUCUUGAUGUAUAGUAUGCCUGUAUUAUAGUUUUUACAAAAUUGUGAACUUGUGUAAUAGUAUAAUAGGAGAUAUUGUUGAAUUUCUAACUGUUUAUACAUUUAAAUUCAUUUAUGUAAUGUUUGUUUUAUCGAUUACAAUCUGAAUUUCUAAGAAGCAUGUUGACUUUUGCAAUAAAGAUGCAAUAUGGAAUGGUUCACAAUUGGAAAAAAAAGAUGAAAGUAUUACAAAUUUAAAAUAAUUUGGAAAUUUUAUGAACCAUUCCAAAAAUUAUAACAAUCACCAAAA